AACACGUAACCUUAGCCUAAUUGUUGUGAUAAACUUAUUAAAUAGAUUAAAAUGAGUCUUUGGCAACAUCGGAUUUUCAGGAUACUAGCCAGUAAACCAGCAAAUGUGUGUAAAAGAUGUCGUUUCUCCGCCAAACUAGAGCCAAUCGGAAUUUUUGAACCGGCUGAUGACACAAAACAGUAUGUAACUGGCCAGCUUUUUCUUCACAGAAUUUUCGGUUACCGUGGGAUCAUACUCAUUCCUUGGGAUGUCAAAGUUUAUGACCGUGAUGAGUUUGCAACCAGGUCUUACCAGACGAACAGCUCCAAUAGCAAUCGAGAUUCCUCGGACAACCACAGCAGAGCGGGCAAUGAUGAUGCAGGGCGAAUACGGGGAAAGAGAAAAGAAGAGAGUUCGGAGAGGGGGACUGAGAGUGCGGUAGAGCAGACGAUGAGCCAGGCUUCCACUCAGUCUAGACUGUUCUACUCGGUGCUAAUGGACGAAAGAGAUUGGAAACACGUGAAAUACCGCACACAGACCGAGGGAGUGACAUUUCUCCAUGAGACGGAGGAAAACUCGCCCUUCUUCACCAUACCUGGCCUGGACUAUGUCUCUCACGAUGACAUCAUGCCCUACUCAUCCCUCUCUCUCAAACCCAUACAACACAACCUCCUCGACAAAUUCAUAUCGUACGAGCCCACCACAGAGCCCCCGUUUGUGGCACGCCAUGCCUUGAAAGAGUGGACAUCGCGGAACAGGUUUUGGUUGGAGCCAACAGAUGUGUACAAAGAAACGACCAACGACAUCAGGGUGACUGUCAUCCCUUUUUACAUGGGUUGCAAGAUGAAGAACGACACUGGUGGCAACGGAGGUAGUCUGGCUCUCAACAACUACUCUGGCACUGUUCCUCAGUACUGGUGGCGCUACUGCAUCAGACUGGAGAACAUUGGCACCCAGAACGUGCAAUUGUGUGAGCGGAACUGGCGUAUCUUCUCCAUGAAUGGCAGUCUGGAAACUGUGCGCGCCAGAGGAGUCAACGGGGUGGAACCCUUAUUGAGUAUGGAUAUGCCGGCUUUCCAAUAUAGCAGUCAUGUCAGUCUUUACACGCCCUCGGGACACAUGUGGGGAACCUUCCGAAUCCGGACUAGAGCUGGAAAAGCAUUUGAUGUUAAAGUGCCUCCUUUCACACUGGAAAGCAAGACGGCGUCAAGAGAUAUUAGCGGUAGCACAGACGACGAGCCGGAAAAGUGAUCGAUUUGAAAUGACCUCUCAAACUGAUUUAAGAAGUGCUGUUAUUUGCACUCCGAACUAUUUAACAGUUGAUUCAAUUAUUGUGCUAGAUGUAAUAUCGUAGGGUAGUGAAACGAAAUUAAAAUUUUAAACAGCUUC